AUGACGAUUCCAAAUGAUGAUUCGACAAUAAAAAAACGAUGGAUUCAUCUUCGUCGUGUUCUCGAACGAUCUGGCCCCUUUAAGGAUCCAAAUUUUGAACCAUCUACUGAGCUUUUAACAGCAGUUGCAUCUGUUAGAAUAUUAAUUAUUGGUGCUGGUGGUCUUGGUUGUGAAUUAUUAAAAGAUUUGGCUUUAAUGGGUUUUUGUCAAAUUGAUAUAAUUGAUAUGGAUACAAUUGAUUUAGCUAAUUUAAAUCGUCAAUUUUUAUUCACUAAAGCUGAUAUUGGUAAAUCAAAAGCUGAAGUUGCUGCACAAUUUAUUAUGAAUCGUAUACCAAAUUGUAAUGUUACACCACAUAUGAAAAAAAUACAAGAUUUCAAUGCAUCAUUUUAUUCUCAAUUUCGAAUUAUUAUAUGUGGUCUAGAUUCUGUUGUUGCCCGUCGAUGGAUCAAUAGUAUGCUUGUUAGUAUGCUUCAAUAUGAUGAAAAUAAUCAAGUUAUACCAAGUUCAAUAAUACCUCUUAUUGAUGGUGGAACUGAAGGUUUUAAAGGCAACGCACGAGUUAUUAUGCAUGGAUAUACUAGUUGUAUUGAAUGUACUUUGGAUUUAUUUCCUCCACAAGUAAUUUAUUUUGAAAUAUAA